AUGAAGCUCAACGUAGCUUUCCUCCUCUUCGGCCUUGUCAGCCUGAGCUCUGCCUCUGAAUUCCCCAAGGCGUACCUGGACGUGGCUACCUGGGGCAUUGAGGGCUACGCCAAACACAAUCCCCUCGGCAAGACCAUUGGCGGCCAGGGCGGCCACACCGUCUAUGUCUCGACGGCCGACCAGCUGGUAGCGGCCGUGUCUGGCACUACGCCCAGGAUUGUCAAGAUCAAGGGCACGAUCACUCUAAUCACGCGCCUCCCCGUCGGCCCCAACAAGUCCAUCAUCGGAAUAGGAUCGUCGAGCCAAAUCGCUGGCUACGGAUUGAACAUCUACAACACCGACAAUGUCAUUGUGCAGAACUUGAAGAUCAGCCAUAUCCUCGACAAUGAUUGCAUUACGAUCCGCAACAGCACUCGUGUCUGGAUUGACCACAACGAGUUCACCUCGGACAUCACCAAAGGGCCUGACUACUAUGAUGGCCAAGUCGAUAUCAUUCGCGCAUCUGACUGGAUAACAGUCUCGUGGAACUACUUCCACGACCACUGGAAGUCAUCGCUUGUCGGAAACGACGCCACACUCCGCGGCACCGACUUCGGACAUCUCCACGUGACGUAUCACCACAACUAUUGGCGAAACGAGGGCACUCGCGGUCCCGCCGGUCGUUUCGGCCAUCAGCACAUCUACAACAACUUGUACGAAGACUUCCUGUACCAGGCAAUUCACAGCCGGUCCGACAACCAGGUGCUCGUCGAGGGAAACGUGUUCCGCGGCAACACGACCGAGGCGCUCAGCACAUACGGCCUGGUGAUCCCAAUGGACUCUCCAAACACAUGUGUAUGCGGUGACGAAGAAUUAGACGGUUAUGCGAACCUUGGUGCGCAGAAUGACUGGGGCUCGGCCCAAAUUAACAUCACCCAGGUCGGAACCUUCUAUAAGACCAGCUACAAGUACCAAUUAACACCACUGACACUGGUUGCCAAAGUCUGCAAGGCGGGUGCUGGUGUAGGCAAGAUUAGGUAGUGAGGACGCAAAGGUUGGAUCUUUGAAGGAUGUUCUAGGUGUAAAAGCAAUUCCUUCAGCGAGGAAGAUGUUCAUUAUCCAUUCA